AUGAACCCCGUCGUUUUACUAUGUUCCUGGUACCUCUUUGGCUUAAGUAUAGGAACAGACUUUGUUUGUUCUUGUUCUACUACACCGAAGAGUGAGGGUCCAGGAAGUUCGGUGAUGUCCAAAUUGAGGGACUUGUUUGGAACGAAACAGCAAGAAAGGGAAAGGAACAUUAUAACAUAUAAAUUUGUAAAGCACACAUGUGAGGAGAAAAGUCAAGGCAAAAAUGACAAGAACCAAAAUGGAAAUGGGUUUGAAGUGUCUCAUGUGAAUAGGCUAAUUUACAUUAACGAAUUGAAAACCUUCAUCUUGGGUGCAUACAUACCAUAUAUAUAUAUGAGUGUGAGGGACAUUUAUAUAGUGUUGAACAAAAUAAAGGAGUUAAAUUUUAAUACAGUAUAUACCUUUUUGUUUUGGCCUGAAAAUGAAUACUUGGAAGAUUUUUAUGAUACAACCAAGUCGAAGCUUUUCUACUUACUAAACUUUUGUGCAUCCAAUGGGCUAUUUGUUAUAUUAGACAUAGGGCCCUACAUAGACAAUAUAUAUAACUCGAAUAUUCCCACUUAUGUUUUGUUCAGCAAAAAAUUGAAUGAGUAUAUUAGGGAUGUGUAUAAAGAAAAGGAAAGGAAAAAAAGUAUAUUUACAAAAAGAAUUGGAGAUUACUUAUUUUUGAAUCUUUUUGGAAAGGGAAGGAGUGUGGUCGUAAGUGAAGAUCCUGAAAAUGUGAAAAGGGAAGACAUAGAACAUGAAAUAGGUAGGAAGAAAGCUUCUUAUACAAAGGGAUAUUAUACAUACAACAAUAUAUAUAGCUUGUAUUAUUUUCAGAGGGCUAUAAAAUGGUUUAAUUACAUUCUUCCUCGUUUGAAAAAAUAUUCCAACAUAAAUAAUGGACCAAUUAUCUACCUGAACAUUGACAAGACAUUUGAUAAUUAUUACAUGUACGUAAUUAUAAAUUUGAAGCGCAGGAAUUAUUUUAAAAACAUAUGCAAUGUGGAGAGCUAUUUUAAGGGUUCCAAAUCGGAAGGGGAAUCGUUUUUAAAUUGUGUCCUUAAUUUUUUCAAACGGGUUAAAAGGAGCUACAUACUUACACUAGGGUAUAUUUUGUAUGCUAGGUUUAACCAGUAUAUGAGAAUUUUGAAGGAGUACGAAUUAGGGUUGAUGUACAUUAACGAGAUUUACAAAUUGGUACAAUUGCAUUUCGGAAAAAUUAACACGCUGACGACAAACUACCCUUAUAUUAAAGAGGAAUUUAUUAACUCUUAUGCAGGGAACAAUUGCUACAAUCAUUUUUUCCAUAACAACUGGUUUGACAAUGAGUGCAUAAAGUUGAACAAGCCUUGUAUCUGGUCACAGGUCUGGACUGGUGCCAAGUACAGCAUACAUAAUGUUAACUCGCCUAGCAUUUUGAGACGACACUUCCAGGACCCCAUCGUGUAUGAUUCUUCCCCGUCGAUCGUGUCCCCGGUCAGCGAACUGCUACCGCGCGAGAGCAGGAACUUUAAUCUCGACGAG